ACGGAGUUGGAUAUUAUUGGGGAUCGGACCCAAGUUAUAGAUGGUGGCCGCCUCUGUGUAGCUGUGUGGUGACUAUGGGAUGUAGGGGGAACAUGAUUGUUAACACGCACACUGACCUCCAGUGAAUUUGGGAGACGGGACGCAGAGAGCGCCGACAGGGAGGUCGAGAUAGGCGGAGAAGGACCCCGCCGGACGGACAGCUGGGGACCGAACUGGAAGACGUCCAGCUGGCAGGCUGAGCAGACGGCAGUGAGCCUCACACAACAGAGGACGCAGCAAAGGACACUGGGGUAGACUGUCCAGAUACCCACCCCAGCUGGAUCAUGGGUAACCAGACUGGCAGAGAAAGUCAUGGCACUACAGGUUCUCCUUUAGAUUUCUUCCACACGCCUCCCACCACACCCUCAGAGGCAGAGCUGACUGCCAUGGCCUUAUCCUCUGCAGCUUCCUCCAGUAAGGCACAGACGCCGUCACCAGCCGGCAGCGCCACCCCCUCCACCACCUCUCCACUGGCAGAAUGGACACAGAAACUGUCUGCUCCCUCAGAAUGGGCUGUGAUAAGCGUGGACAGCGUCAGCUCAGAGACAAAAGUGAGCGAUGCAGCAGGGAGGCACGGGAAGGCAGCGGGCAGCCCGGUCAGCCCGGCGUCCCUGCCUGCGUCCAGAGGAUCGCCUUCAGAGCAGAGCUGGCAGGAGCGGGACAGUGGACUGGAGCCGCAGGCUGCAAUGGAGAGAGCCGGAGAGGAGAUGACCCUGGUUUUACUCAGUCUGAUGGAGCACUACAGGGCCUCACUGGGCCUGUCACCCAACACUGAUGUCACCACAGGAGCAGUUGAGCUGCUCAGGCGCUUGAUAACAGAGAGAGAUGAGCUGGUGGAGGAGGUGGACACACUGAAGGAGACACUCAGGACGGAGAGGUCGGAGUGGCAUCAGUUCCAGUGCGACCUGCAAGUUGCGGUGUCUGUGGCCGACAGGCUGCGGGUGGAGUCGGACCAGGCUCUGGGUUUGCUCCAAGAGAGCCACAGGGCCGUGGAGGAGCAGCUGGCCCAGGCCCUUAGCAGACAGCAGGAAACGGACAGGGAGCUGGAGAGUCUGAGGGCCGAGCACAGAGAUGUCUGCUGCAAACUGACUGAACUCACCCUGCAGCAGCAGCAGGAGCAAGCCGAGCUGGACGCUCUGAGGAACGCGUGCCGGGUGAAAGACACGACAGACUGUGUUAAACGGGCAGAGAGACAAGACUCUGAGGAGGGGCAGGGGGAGGAUACACAAAAGGUUGUGGAGGAAAAAGUCAACACAGAAGCUAGAAAUGCUGAAAAACAAGAGGAGGAGAGUGACACAAAUAAAGAGGUGGAUGCUCAAGUUGUAGAUCAUGAUCCUGAGGAGGCGAAUGGAUCAGGGAGCACGCAGCUGAAAGGGAAAGGAGUGGCAGAGGGAUACCUGCGCAGUUUGGCUGCCCUGGAGAAGAAGAAAGACGGGAGGGAUCCGAGGAGGAUUGUCAUGCUGUCUGAAAGAUCAUGGAGUCUUUCUCGUCUCCCGCUUCCAUCUGACUCCUCCAAGGAAAAUGGCACCUCAAAAAACACAAGCACAACACUGCCGCUGUGUAAGAAAGAAGAGCCGCCGAAACGAAGGAGGCUGGACCGGAUUUUGCAGCGCCAGGACAGCUGGUCCAGCUUUUACACAGGAAAACAAGAUGAGGACCAAAGCUCAGAUUCCAUCAAAUCUCAGGAUGGUUUCAGUGCUCUGCUGAGGCGUCAUGGCGGCUCCAGAAGAAACUCCCUGCUGCGCUGGUCCCAGGGUCGUACCCAAGGUUAUAAGAAUAUUGAGAUCACAAACUUCAGCAGCAGCUGGGAGGACGGCUUGGCGUUCUGCGCCAUUUACCACACAUAUUUACCCACUCACAUCCUGUACGACACCCUCGACCCAGCAGACAAGAAGGAAAAUCUGGACCUCGCUUUUAAGACAGGAGAGAGUGUUGGGAUCACAGCCACACUGACGGUGGAGGAGAUGCUGAAGGCAGACGGGCCGGACUGGCAGAGGGUCCUGGGUUACGUCGAGAGCAUUUUCCGUCACUUUGAGAUGUGAAGUUGUUUCUCUCGUCUCUCUUGCCUGGUCCUUUUCCAUCAUUGUGACUGUGGGACUGAAACACCACCAGAGGGAGCUCUACUCACACUGAACUCUGCAGACGGGAUUUAAAGUGUGUCAGCAAUAUUAGACUUUGUGACGUUAUUUUAUUUAUCAAUACGAUGUCCUUUGCACAGAAACAAGUCGGAUGGAAGAAACUGAACCUUGGACUGUUUUUACUUUGUAUGUACUAUCUAUUCAGAUCCAAACAGCUGCUGGGUGAUGAUGCACAAUACACUGAAAACAGAUUUUAAACCACUACACGACUUUACGUUCACAUUUGUUACUGGGUGCACUGGUUUUGCACUGUUUGUCUUUUUUAAAAAUAUGAGCACUUUAUGAUUGUUAACUUGCGUUAUAUUUUUAAAAGGAUGGUUUCAGAAUUUGGGCACUUAAAUUAUUUUUUAUCAUGGAGCUCUCCUGCCGUUACACAGUGUUAUCAUGUCUGCAUGCACCCAAACCUAAAAGCCACAAACAGAGGAUGGGGGCAGACAUGAACCCAGAUUUUAUAUACUGGAAUGGUGAUCUAUAAACACUACAGUAUCUGUCGAAGAAAAAAAUGCCUUUGAGGAUAUGUAUACAUGUAAAUGUGUGCGCUUCAGUAUUUUUAAAAACAUGG